UCCAGUGCACUCUCGAGCUAACAGAGCUCGAUCCCACUGUUCGCACGCAGACAGCUAGCAGCAGGAACACGAAGUAAUAACACGGCAGGAGAGACGAUGGCCAGGCUUGCCGCUCUGACGACGGCGGCCAUGCUUGCGGUGGUGUGCUCGGUGACAUGCUGCCAAGCUGAGGGCUACGGCUACCCUGGCCCGGGAGGCGGUUACCCCAGCCCCAGCCCGACGCCGCCUGCCCCGACUCCGAGUGGCGCCGACCUGGCGGUUGGUUUCUACAGGGACGCGUGCCCGAACGCCGAGGCCAUCGUGCGAGACGUCGUCAAGAAGGCGGUGGAGCAGAACCCCGGCGUCGGGGCAGGGCUCAUCCGGAUGCUCUUCCACGACUGCUUCGUCCAGGGCUGCGACGCGUCCGUGCUGCUCGACCCGACGGCGGCCAACACGCAGCCGGAGAAGCUGUCCCCGCCCAACUUCCCCAGCCUGCGCGGCUUCGAGGUCAUCGACGCGGCCAAGGCGGCGCUCGAGGCCGCCUGCCCCGGCAAGGUCUCCCGCGCCGACAUCGUCGCCUUCGCCGGCCGCGACGCCAGCGCCGUCCUCAGCGGCGGCCGGGCCGACUUCGCCAUGCCCGCGGGCCGCCGCGACGGCCGCGCGUCCAGCGCCAACGACGCGCUCCAGUUCCUCCCGCCGCCCUCGUUCAACCUCUCCGAGCUCACCGCCAGCUUCGCCGCCAAGGGGCUCGACGCCGAUGACCUCGUCGUGCUCUCGGGCGCCCACACCGUCGGCCGCUCCCACUGCUCGUCCUUCGUCGGCGACGGCCGCCUCAACGCGUCCACGUCCGACAUGAACCCGGCGCUGGCCGCCUCGCUGCGCCGCCAGUGCCCGGCGAACCCGACCGCGGCCAACGACCCCACCGUGGUGCAGGACACCGUGACCCCCAACACUCUGGACAGCCAGUACUACAGGAACGCGCUCAGGCGGAACGUGCUCUUCACGUCGGACGCGGCGCUCCUCAGGUCCGGGCAGACGGCGGCGGCGGUGGUGCAGAACGCGUUCGUCCCGGGGCUGUGGGAGCAGAAGUUCGCGGCGGCGAUGGUGAAGAUGGCCAGCAUCGAGGUGAAGACCGGCGCCAAUGGCGAGAUCAGGAGGAACUGCCGGGUCGUCAACUAGUUCGAUCGAUUGAUCAUCAGACGAUAGAUGGAUCAUUUUGUACCCGCGUUGAGUCCUUAUCGUGUCAUCAUCGUUUAUUUCGUGCUCUCUCGCUGGUUGCAUAUGUACUGUAUGCAAGCCUCCACUGUAAGUUUUUGAAUCUUUCAACUUAGAAAACAUGUUAUGUUCGCCAUGAUUUAUUAAUAAAGUAGGAGUGGUUAAAUGUGAAA